GACCAACGGUUUCGAAUUGACAUCUUCAACAAACACAAUCUCCCCAAAAACACACAUGAAAUUAGCAAAUCAAACUUUUAGUAACUAAGGAACUCUGCUUACAUAUUCAAUUUCUACUUAAACAGGACCAAACAUGCCUACGCAAACACUAUCUCUUAACAAUCUACACCCACCACCUCUUAUCACCAUAUCUAGACUCACCAAAAAUACCACAAUUUUCACCUUCAAAACCCAUCACAAAACAUCAAAAAGAACCAGCUAUAAUUAUAGAAAGCUAUGUGUGUUUGCUGUCAAAGGAGAAGAAGAACAGUCAACCCCUUCAUGGGCCAAACCCGGAUCCGAUGAACCACCUCCAUGGGCUCGAAACGAAGCCCAGAAAAGUGAUUCAGCUAGUGUUGAACUUCCUUUUUUUGUUUACUUGCUUGCUUCUGCCAUCACUGCAAUUGCUGCUAUUGGAUCAGUGUUCGAGUAUGUAAACCAAAAGCCGGUCUUUGGAGUGUUGAAUUCGGAUAGCAUAUUUUAUACACCAGUUCUUGGAUUCUUUGCUAUUACUGGUCUACCAACUGCUGCAUUUCUUUGGUUCAAAUCUGUUCAAGUUGCAAAUAAGGAGGCAGAGGAACAAGACAGGCGAGAUGGUUAUCGUUAAGUCAUUUGUUACAUAUUGUUUCAUGUAAAAUCUGUUUUCAUCAUACAAAAGUUUGCUUAACCAAUUGUUCAUGUUAGUUUCAUUUUAUUCAUAUAUAUAUAUAUUUUUUUGCCA